AUGCCGGGUCAUCGGUGCAAGCAACAAUUGUACACCAUGGAAGGUGACGAGGAGGAACCCGAGGAAGUGGAAACAAGACACUACGUCAAGGAGGACUUGGAAAUUUCAGUCAAUGCGAUGUCGGGAGUGCACGGACCGAGAACCAUUAAGUUGCCCGCGUCGGUCCUAGGGCGAUCUAUCGAGGUGCUAAUUGACACCGGGUCAUCCCACAAUUUUAUUAGUGCCAUAUUAUCUGACGCAUUGAAAUUACCGGCAACGAAGGUGGAGCCAUUUGACGUGAGGGUCGCCAACAGAGAAAGACUACGAUGUCGUGAGUAUUAUCGAGACGUGCCCAUCAAUCUUCAAGGCGAGACCAUUAAGGCCGACCUCUAUUCAUUACCAUUGGUUGGGCCCGGCAUAGUUCUUGGAGUACAAUGGCUAGAAGGACUUGGAGAAGUCAAAACAAAAUUAUAA